CAGGCAAGCAGAAGAAAGUUCACCCAGAAGAAAGUUUACUCCCGUGUAUAGGGCUUCCAUCACGCCAUGAACAACAAGUCUAUGAGAAUGAGACGGAAGACACUCACUGCUACCAAAAAACAUCGGUGUCUCUACAGCACCAGCUCAGUGGUCUUCAUCUGGCGGACGGCGGGGGAGGUAGCGGGAGAGGCAUCGUGCGCUGCGACAGGAGAUUCCUACCAGAGCUGCCCUCGCCGCCAUCUGACAAUGAGGACGGCUUGACGUGGCCCCAGCAGCGGCCGGAGUCCAACCCGUCUGUGCCGUCAGCCUUCGUCUCAUCUGUGGGGUCAUUGAUGGUGAUAAUCUGCACAGUUGGUGGAACGUCGGUCCCGUCUUGCUGUCGAGCAGGGACGUCUAUGCGGGAGGAAGGGCUGGCCUUGGUCUCACCCUUGAGCCACGUAAGCAUCUCAUUGUUGAUGAACGAUGUGAGCGGCUGAUUCAUGGCCGCUCUGGGGCUGAGUGGCCGGAUGUUGUCGUGUUCGUCUUCAGGGAUCACAAGGGAGCUGUGCAGGUACUCGCGGGUGAUUCUUCGGAGCUCGUGCGGCUCGGCCUGACGGAUGAUCUCCAUUUGGCUGGCCAAUGGCGCGCUUCAGGUUGGCUGCUCGUAUCUGGGCGGCGGAAAACAGGCGUCGGAGGUCAUUCAAAUUCCUCUCGUCCUUGCCGGCUGCCGUCGUAGGCGAAGUGGCCACUGCUGGCGGUGGUUGCUCGUCGUUGGUCUUCGCUCGCAUCUUGGCACAGAGAGCAGAAGUCAGCUCGAAGCAUUGCUGAAGAACCGCGUCUUCGUUGAUCUCCUUGUCCGCUCGUCCACCAGCCGCUGUCUCCUGCGCCACGGCCGAGCCCUGCUGUUCUUCAGCCGUUUCCUUGCGCUUCGUUAUCUCGAUCUCAUCUGUCUGGGCUGUCUGUUCUUGCCUUGAUCGCUUCUUGCGGGGCGUCUGACACGCCACGUUCCGCAUGGCGCGCCGCGACUCGCUCUUCCUCGCUGUCCUUGCCAGGCGAUCAAUGUCUUCAAGCAUGCCAAGUGUCUCCAUGGUCAAGGUAGCCUGUUUGUUCUGGCUUCCCUUAUCGUGCAGGGGAGGAAGCAACAUGGCACCGAAUGCAGUGGGCGCAUGGGAAGGGGGGAAGGGGCACGUGGAAGGGGCUACGGGGGUCGUAAGCAUGAUGUUUCUCGCGUCGUCUGGCUCGUAAGCCUCACUGCCGAGGAAGAGACACUCGGCCAUCUCCCGUUGGUCCCUCCUGCUGUCUUCGUGGUCUGCUGCUUUGACUCUCCGCAGCUGGGACUCCCACGGCAGGGCUUCCUCGUGAUUCGCUGCUUCUGCCUGCUUCCGCUUGGCCAGCUUCCUCACUUCGACGUGAGACACUCGAGGCGGAACACCAAGGGGGGCCCGAAGCAGGCUGCGGUGCGUCCCCUGUACGGCCCUGGGUGGGAAAUGCGAGAGGGUUGGGUGGACGCCGACCGACACCACUCCCUCAGAGGCCCUCUCGUCAGCCGAAGACGAAUCAGUCGUGCGGGCAGCAAUCUGAGUGAGGCGGGGGCGUGAGGAAGGCUCCUUGGCCCGCCUUGAUGGCUGCACUAGAGACGUGUGGUGGAUGCUGCUGCUGCUGCUGCUGCUGCUACUGCCGCUGCUGCCGCCGCUGCUUGAGGGCAAGUGGUGGGUGGAUUGCAUGCCGUCAGGCUCGAAGGAAAGUGGCUGGACGGUCUCGGUUGGGGCCGAACAAGAGCUUCUGUGGUCUCUUGUCUCAGCUUGCUUAGAUGGCCGGAUCGGCUCAGAUGACUCGGACGCCUUUGAGGAGCUCUCGCUUUCGCUUCCUGAGGAAUCGUCCGCUGAGGAUGCGUAAUCUGGGAACGGACCUGGUCGUGAGGGGGAUAGGGGGCUGUCCGAUUGUCGCCGAUUCUCAGGCUUCGCCAAGCUCUCUUUUGGAAUGUGUGGGGCAGCUUGGCGGUCCUGCUUUACCUCGAGAUGAUCAUGUGGUCUGCCCUUCCUCUCCCUUUCAGCACGGCGCUUCUUUAUCUUCUUUUCCAGCCUUUGCCUUUGUCCCUUGUCGGAGUCAUCAGCACUGUCGUCUGUGUAGCUGCUGCCGUCAAGCGCUGAGGCAUCAUGCUCUUCCGCCAUGGCCUUGCUGCUGUGUCUCCUUCUCCUCUUUGUCUCCGUCUUCGCUUUGGCCUUCGUCUCCUCCUUAGCCUUCCUGCGCCGCUUGUCGCGCUUGCUGUGGUCGCUGCUGGUCUCCGAGCACAAGUCGGUGAAGCUGUCGGCGAGCAAGAGGGUUGAGCGGCUCCUCUGCUCCACUGCCGGCUGUUUGCCGAGAAAGGCGAUUAUCAGUCUGCCGACCUUCUUCUUAUAGCGUCGCCGGUGAAGAGGGGCACGGCCAUCUUUAUGGUCACCUGGGAGUCUGUUGACAGCCGCUUCUUGUUGUUAGCAGGCUGAUCUAUUGGCAGAGCAUAUGGACUCUGCUGGUCGUUGCUGCUGGCACCCGACAGCCGUCUCGUGCGGACUGGUGCUGGCAUGAGCUCCUUCUGCUGCUUGAAGACAGUGCUCUUCUUCCGCAGAAUCUUGGGUGCCGAAGAUGAGAUCCCAGGGGAUGCUGAGGUGGCUUGUUCGGCAGCUGCAGAGGCUCCCUUAGGCGCUGUGCCUUCCUCGUCUGCUGCAAGUUGAGUGUCGGGCGAUGCUGUGCUAUCGUCUGCCUCAGCGGCAGCGGCUUUCCUCUCGGCCUCUGUGGCGAGCUGUGUGAAGGCCUGGAGAUCGUCCAAAACAUUUCCCUCGUCGGCAGCCUCUGACUGCACACACAUCGACACGCGAGUCAACGUCGCAGUUUGUGUGCACUGAUUGCUUAUCACCACAAGAUCGUCCUCAAACUCUGAUGACAGGUGCGAGGAGAGAGCAGAUAUAUCAACGUGACACAGAAUGACUCAGAAUGACACAGAGCAAACGAUCCAUUGCUGCUCUUCUCUUGUUGUGUACCUGCGUUCUCAUCGUCGCAUUCUUGUGUGACUCCGGCAAGAAGGAAGCGCUUGUUUUUUAUUAUCAUGUCUCUCAGAGCCUUGGCGCCGGUGGUGGUCGCCAUCAUGGCCUUCAAACAUCCCUCGGGGGCCAGCUUGAAGGCCAGCAGCAGAUUCCGAGAGCUAGGUUGAUGACACAAAGCCAAUCCAAUCUCUAUUUCCUGCCCUUUUGUAUCUUUGCUGUGCUCUGCGCACGUACCCUUCUUCGCUUUCGUCCAGCUUCUCGGUCAGGAGCCUGAUGGUCCGCUUUGCCUUCCGGCCCUGCACCCACCAUCGACGGACACGUGUGACAUCCCGUGGAUGUGUUCAUUGCCUACCAUUUCCGCCAUCUUUAUCUGCAUGUCUCUGAGUUCGCCCAUGACCCGUGUGAUUUCUGAGUCCAUGUCGGGCGGCAUCUUGGGUGUCUGCAUGAAGAAGACCUCCUUCUCCUCGUACUCCUUUAAACGAUCCUCCUGCAUCGUCAGCUGCACCCGUAACACAAAGGAGCCAUCUGUCCAUUGUAUGCGCACUAAUGAAGCACAUCCGGAGUCUGAUGUCCUACCUCGUUUCUGAGCAUGGCGAGUUCCCUCAGAUAUCCGGCGUGUGUUGUCUCGAGCUGAAGGGUCAGGUGGUCGGCCCUGGACUUCUGGCUUUGAUAUCGCAUGUCAAGCUCCUGACGCAGUAAUGGAACGCAGAGAAAGCACUCAUUCUCUCGCCCUCCUUGCCUCCCCCCACCGUCACUGACCCUGAUGUGUGACCGCAGCUUGAUGAUUUCCUGCGACAGCGAAGCACAUUACAGUGAAAGGGGUCACCCCCUCUCGAUACCCGCCCCCCAGUCACAGUGGACUCACUCACCUCGGACAUCUCUUCCUUCGACAGAACCACCCUCGAAAGGGCCGCAGCCGCCCGGUCUGCCUCACCCCCUCGCCCCACAACCGUCAGCCUCCUCAGGGACCUCUCGGGCCUGAUUGGUGGUGCCGGGCUCUCACUUGGGGAUGGCAUUAUCGUGGUGUCCUCGAUAUUCGAUGCCGCCCUCGUCACAUCGAGCUGCUCCAAGCUCAUUUCAGUCGCCUCGCCCCUCUCACUCGAAGCCAUGGUCCCAGGGGAGGAGAAGUGCGGGGUGAGUUGUUCGACGAACGAAGUCAGAAAAGGGGACUGAAC